GACGUGUAAUGUUUUUUUGGAUGCACCUGAAGAUGGCGCUCUUUCUAUGUCUGGUAAUGUACAACUACUGACGGGCUGAGGAAGAAGAAGAAGACGGCCUGGAGAAGGAGGAAGUACCGGGAAAUAAUCAUGAGUCAGACGGCGGAGGUGGUUAAGUAGCAAGUUCCCAAUUUAAAUACUUCCAACCCGCUACCUGUCAUCUCUUGUUUCUCACUCAUGGCGGACUUUGGCGAUAACAGCAGCCGGCAAGCGGAAGAACACGACGGGACGAACAGCAGAAACGUCCCGGAGCCUCUAUGCGGGGCAGAUGAUGAGCCCGGGGUGACGGUCCCUCGGGAGAUCUGGUCCUCAAAUCAGGACCAGAAGAGAAAGUUAGUUCUGCAUGUCGACCUGAACAACACCAUCCUGGUGUCGGACGCCGUCACGGGCGAGGGGACCGUAUCUGCGCUGGACUAUUUCCUCUCAACCGUUACCUGGGGGAAGAUGAGCAAACACGGAAAAUGGGAAUGGCUGAGUGACUCGCCCUCCCUGCUCCCGCCGUGUCCGGACGCUGUUAGUUACUACUCUCAGUUUGGAAGGACGUAUAGUUUCACGUCUGCUGCGGGACGACGUUUCCGCGGGGUUCUGGAUGAACACCUGAAUCUGCUCCGCUGGCCCGAGGGCGUCAAGGGAGACAAAGAGCUGUCUAUAAAAGGAGAGGACGGACGGCUGUACCACUGGAUCCUCCCCUCCUUCUUCCAGCUGCUCAGAGACCUGGUGCAGGAGGGACGGGAGUUCGCCAUCCUGUUUCGAACGUUUGGAACUGACCUACCUCGUGUACUGAGAGCUGUGGACAAAGCGCUGAACGAAGGGGUUCAUCCACUGUUCCCCGAUCUGCCUGAUCUGAAGUUGAACGUGAAUAUGACUCCAGGCAAGAUCCGCUGUAGCAAGAGAGGAAUCGUCUUGAGUCGAGCCGAGGCCCGUGUGUCCACUCAGGAUGGAGAGCGAGCCCUGUAUCAGUACUUCAACUCAGUCCAGGGCCUGGGAGGCUUUCAGGACCACUUUGACUGGUGGGUCAGUCAUACCUACUCCAUCCAUGGGGGGAAGCCGUUGUGGGUCGACCCCUUCGACCAGAGCGUUCAGCAUAUCUUCAUAGACGACAACAUCCGGCAGAACGAUAAGGACACCAUAGUUUAUCCCAAGGUUUUCUUGAGCCCAGGUGGUGAUGAGACUCGUACAGCCAGCACCUCCGAGCUGUAUGACGUUACCUUGGUGCAGACUGACCUCCUCCGGGCCAUCUCUGACCCCAACUACUUCACUCACCGCGUCCGCAUCUGUCUGGAAAACUAUGAGAGGAACCUCCAGCAGGGGUCUGACUAGAACACACUUUAUCUAUGUGACACACUCCAGGAAAUCCAGAUAGGACCAUCCAGGCACAGACAGAGGAUGGAGACACAGUAGACUGUAGAUGGGAUUAUUUAACACAAACGUUGACGACUUAUUGAGGGAUUUGAGUUAAUUGAAAUACAAAUAUAAGAAGAUUACGUCUGGAGGAAGGUUAUGUGAAUGAGUGUUACUGAGGAGGGAUCACUGUUAUUAUCCUAAAAUGAAGUCUUGUAGAAUAUUUCCAGAAGAACAAACCAAAUGCACCUCAGCGAGAUUUAGACAUGUGGCAGUUUGAUAAGUAAGUCAGUCAAUAAGUAAGUUUUAAUUAAUCUCAAACGGUUUAAAAAACCACACACACUUCAUCUGCUCCAGGACAGCAGAGAAACAGUGUCGGCUCAUAAAGAGAGCCCUUCACAGUCAGACUGUACUGUCUGCUGUCCUGAGGUGAACCACCACAAAGAGUUGUUGACUUAAUUAAGCACCAAAUUGCCCAGACCAGACUCUUUGAUUGCAGCAAAGGCUCUGACUAAUCACGCCACAGGAUAAUUACCCUAACUGUUUGAAAUUUGUGUCAGACGCCAUAAUUGGGGUCAGAAAGUGUUGCGUUAGUUGUCUAAAGUAGAAUCCAUGGGGGUUUCUGCUUCUGCUCCUUAUUUGUCUUACUCAGGGUCUGACAUGCUCCCUUAGAUCGUGUUGGAACUUUAUUUUAACUCUGCAUUGUUUACAUCCACUCAGAACUGACACUUAAUACUUUAAUAUUUCCAGACGACUGAAAAAGCAUCUGAUUACUGAUGAUCAGAUUUAUGACUGUGUAACUUAAAGGUCCCGUAUUUGACACUUCUCCAGUGUUUUAUUUGAAGUGUUGAUCCAUAAGAAGAUAAUAAUUGUGGUUUUUAGUACCAUCUCAGUGUAGUUUUACAAUUUCUCUCUCAGGCGUCUCUCUGGAGCCCUAGUAACAACAAGUCAGUCAGCCAAUCAGAAGAGAGCUCUGAGCCUCUCUUCUGAUUGGCUGACUGUUUCCUAGGUGAAAACAGCGAAUAGCGAAUAUGUUGUGACAUCACAAAGUUACAGAAGUAUUUAUUUAUACAGUUCUCUGUGGACUGAGCGCUUUGAUACUUUCACAGUAUUAAUAUAAAACCUAGAGCUGCUUUAUAAUCGAAAAAGACGUGGAAAUCUCACUUUAUACAAUAUGGGACCUUUAAGGGUGGGUGAUGGGUAAUUCAUGACAUUUGGCUGAAACUCUGUGACUGCAUAACAAGUACGAAUCACACCAUAGUUAGAUUUAUAACAAUAUAUACAUUUUCUCAAUGUAGUCUAAUCCAUAUCCAUGAUGCGUUUUUCCGAGCGGUGCGAUUAGACGGCGUCAUGUCUUCUGGAAGGCACUGGGACGUAAUUAGGUUGAAUAAGAGCUUGGGAUGUGUUUGCACUGAAUUAUUUACUGUAGAUUUUAUUAUUUGAAAGCCCCCCUGUGUGAAACAUUUAAUAAGCUGAAUGUGUUAUGGUAAUUUUUGCUUUAAGGGUUUUAGAAUAUACAAUAUUUAUUGUUGAGCUUCCAGGGAGAUUUUUAAUUUGUUUACCUCAGGUCAUUUUUAGAGAAACAGCUGAAUGCAAACUAAGAAUCUAAAGACCACUGAUGAAAUGAAGGUUACUGAGGAGUGAUACCAGUAUACUUUUUCACUAUACAGUAUAUAGAGCAUUGAUCUCCUUGAUAAAGAUUAAGUGCGGGUGCAGAUGGUGAUAACAUUACAGUAUUUUACUCUUGCUCAGCUUUCACAUCUGAGUUUCACUUCACGAAACUCUGAAGACAAAAAGCUCUACCACUAAUUCUUCCUCAAAAUCUCAUUAUGGCACAAAAUUAAAAUCUGUGCACCAAAUUAUGCAGCGAGGUUAUCAGAGCAUCACUGCGCUCUACAUGUUUAUCACAGAAUUUUAAUAAGUGUUGCAUUUUUAAAUAAAAUGAUCAUUAAUCAAAUAAUGCUGUCAUACGGUAAUUACAUUAGUCCUCAUCAAAACAGUGUGAGCAGUAGUCGUUCCUUCAAGUCUAUGCAUAACAAUACUAAUGAGGAAAAGUGGGCAGUUGAUGGUGAAUAGUAAGAACGACUUCUGAAAACUUUGUGUAUUUAAUAUUAGAUUUUACAUUAUAGUAAACCCUGCAAUUCAUAUAAUGCAAAGUGAUUACUUCACUGCAUCAGUUUAGUUUUUCUGUUCUGUGCUCUUUAUUCAAGACACCAGCUCUCAGAUAUAUGAAUUACUUGCAUAGGUUUGAUCGUCUAAAAUACAGUACACUAGAGUAAUACUGUAUUUCUCAAAACAAGGAAAAAUGCUUGCAAACACUGAUUUAUGAAUCUGCUUGGUAACAAGCAGUGAAGCUAAUAACUGGGCUAAUAUAGGGCGGGUUUAUUUUGAAGACCGAGCAUGUGACCGAGGAAUCUGCAGCGUUUACGUAAAAACAGCAUUUUGUUGUAAGGGGAGAAAAAAAUAUCUUGUUAUUGUAGCUACUGCCGUUAAAACUUAGCAAUUCUAAAAUACUGUAAUAUUACACAUUGGAGUCACAUCCAGACAUGUGAUGCACAUCACAUCAAAACAUGACAUGUUUCAUUUAUAUAUUUUUUUCUGAUGUUAAAUAUUGCCAUUCACUGUUAAAUAAACCUUUACGGUUUUUGUUACACUGUUUGAUGUUUUGCAUAAUGACAACAUAAGAACAUAACGGCUCCAGAGAUAAAGGAAGUAAAGUCAAAUUGUUUUAGCUCUCGUCUUGAAGAAGAAGGUCAGAAUAAGAUCAAUGGGGAAAAUAGUUUGGGACCAAACACACAGCUCAGUUCAUGUAUAGAUCAUCGAUAGGGUAUCGAUUGUUCGAUUGGUGUAUGUUUGAGCAGCUCAGGUCCACUGGGGAUUAAUUACAGAUGAUACAAAGUGUUGAGGGCAAAGGUGUGAUGAGUAUCUGCCUUGAACAUUAAAAACAUCUUCCUACCAUAUCAAAGCAAAUGUUCUCAUCUACACAUUCAUCAGCUGCUGCGGUGACUUCAAAUGCAAAUAAACCGUGGAAGCAGGAGACCAAAUGAUGAGGGAAAUGCUUGUCAGAUAAAAUACUUCCCGACAUGGGUUUAAAAUUGCAAAACUGGGCUUGACAAAAAUGUUUGAAAUGAGGUCUUAACGAGGUGUCUCUACUUGUACUCUCCUAAUAUGCUUGUUUAAUUGACUGCUUCAUUAUGGCAGAGGUCAGGCACGUUAAUGCGGGACGAGUCAUGUGUGCGUGUCCCGGACAGAUUGUGAUUGAUGAUGGGAAGCGUUCCUGGCUGUUGAACAUUUGAUGGUUUACUAACAAAGCAGAUGGUACAACAGUGUCAGCCAAGACGACUGUAAAGGGAACUAGUGGAGCUGUAACAUAAAAAGUCUAAAUCUCA